UUCGUUAUUUGUUCGCUCGCUUCCACCAUUUUUUUUCUCAUCGUCCAAACGGAAGCGAGAAAAUUUACAGUUAAAAUCAGGUUUCGAGAGAUUUGAAUGGGAAUUUCUUUUACAUCUUCCUCAUCAAAUCCCAAAUUUUUGUACUGUCGUUGUAGCUGUUGUACCAUUUGUUACAGCCAUUGUUGUCGCUUCUGCUUCUAACUAAACAUCAUCUUCUGAAAUCCCUAAUUUUUUCCCCUUUUGUGUCGGAAACUUGUAUGGAUUUGAGUCGUGCUCAGCCUGAUUUAUCUCGUGGAUUUCGUUGCGCCCACGAAUCAAUGGCCCCAAAAACCCCAAUCACAGACGAUUCUAUUAAUCUGCAAGUUGAUCCGAGUUUUCGCGCGUCGCCGACACCCAUACGUCCUGUUCCAUUGGAGUUUCUGGAGCAGACGGUUGAGAAGAUUGGCGGAGGAGGGGAAAAGGAAGAAGAAGAUCAAAAGGAUGAGCUUCAUUUCAGAAUAUUAGGGCACCCUCUGUGUCUGAAAAGGCAGAGAGAUUGUCCAACUUUGUCGCAGUCAAAACCUCCGAAGAGAAUCAUGGCCGAAAGCGAUCUGGAGUCAAGGAGAGCAGCUGUUAGGUCAUGGGGCAAUCAGCCUCUUCAUGUAGCGGAUCCAGAGAUACACGAGAUCAUGGAGAAAGAGAAACAAAGGCAAUUCAAAGGGAUUGAGCUGAUUGCUUCUGAGAAUUUCGUGUGCCGAGCGGUGAUGGAAGCUUUGGGAAGUCACUUGACGAACAAGUACUCCGAAGGAAUGCCCGGGGCGAGAUAUUACACGGGCAAUCAAUACAUCGACCAGAUUGAGACCCUGUGUAUCGAACGUGCCCUUGUCGCCUUUGGUCUUGAACCUGACAAAUGGGGUGUCAAUGUUCAGCCAUACUCGUGUACUUCUGCGAAUUUCGCAGUGUACACUGGACUUUUGUUGCCCGGUGAUCGGAUUAUGGGAUUGGAUUCUCCCUCCGGUGGGCAUAUGAGUCACGGGUAUUACACGCCUGGUGGGAAGAAGGUUUCUGCUGCAUCAAUAUUCUUUGAGAAUUUUUCUUACAAGGUGAAUCCUCGUAGUGGGUAUAUUGAUUACGAUAAGCUUGAGGAAAAGGCUCUUGAUUACCGCCCUAAGAUUCUUAUAUGUGGAGGGAGUUCAUACCCAAGGGACUGGGAUUUCGCAAGGAUUAGAAAGAUUGCAGACAAGUGUGGAGCUGUUUUGAUGUGUGAUAUGGCUCAUAUAAGCGGCCUCGUUGCCACUAAGGAAUGUUCAAAUCCAUUUGAUCACUGUGACAUAGUUACAUCCACUACCCACAAAGGUCUGCGUGGACCCAGAGGAGGUAUCAUUUUCUAUCGGAGAGGCUCAAAGAUAAGAAAGUCGGGUCUUCAUUCCGGUCAUUGUGACAGUUCUUUACACUAUGAUUUCGAGGAAAAGAUAACAUUUGCAGUGUUCCCAUCAUUACAAGGGGGUCCUCACAAUAACCACAUUGCUGCUCUUGCCAUUGCCUUGAAACAAGUGGCGACUCCAGUGUACAAAACUUACAUACAACAGGUGAAGAGAAACGCUCAAUCUUUGGCCUCGGCUUUGCAGAGAAGAAAAUGCAGGUUGGUUACCGGUGGCACUGAUAACCAUUUGUUGCUGUGGGAUUUGACCCCCUUAGGGUUGACAGGGAAGGUCUACGAGAAGGUCUGUGAGAUGUGCCAUAUUACCUUAAACAAGACUGCUAUAUAUGGCGACAACGGCUCCAUAUCACCAGGAGGUGUCAGGAUCGGGACACCGGCCAUGACAACCCGCGGUUGUAUAGAGUCGGAUUUUGAGACAAUAGCCGAUUUUCUCAUCAGGGCAGCUCAGAUAACGAGUGGUUUGCAGAGAGAGUUGGGGAAACCUCAUAAAGAGUUCGUUAAGAAUCUCUGCAACAACAAAGACAUAACUGAACUCAGGAACAAGGUUGAAGCCUUUGCUUCACGGUUUGAGAUGCCUGCUUUCGAGAUCUGAAAAUAGAUGAGGACCAUCCUCCACAGCCAUUCUAUUGUCGGCAGAAAGCCACGUUUUGAAUUCUUUCCACUAAAUCUCACUCAAAUCUCUCCCUGUAAUUGGGGUAUUUUAUUAUACAGUUUGGUCCUGUAAAUAGAUAUCUUGGAUUUCAUUUUUCACACUUUCUUCUGUUAGUGUAUACCCAUUUUGACAUAUGUGAGAUAUUAACAAUUUAAUUAUAACAAAGUUACCUUCC